AUGGCCACGCCCAAUGUGAAGGACAUGAUCGAACAGCAAGGUCGCGGCCCUCGACUUGAACGGUCCAUUAGAUUGAACUUUGUGGGCGACUGGGGCAUGGCCAACUUCCAUCGCAUAUGCUCGUGGUUGACGCAGCAGUUUUGCGAUCGAGCAGGGCCGGAUAGUCGCGUGGGGAUUUGGAAUGUACGCUAUGGCGGCAUUGAAGCAGUUCUGGAGGUGUUCCGCGGAGAGGCACAGCUUGCCAUUGUGACGCCCGCACAGAUGAUGAGCACUGCUCUCACCGGACAAGGCAUCUUUGCCCCUCACGGUCCUAUGCCCUCGUUGCGUGCUCUUGGUGUGCUACCGCAAAAUGACCGUAUGCUUCUCGCCAUCCACCCCAAGUAUGGGAUUAAAUCAUUUGAGGACUUGCGCCAGAAACGUCCUCCCCUGCGCAUUGCCACGUCUACCCACGACGGUACCAACUUCAUAGGCUUCACAGCUUAUGCUUUCAUGGAAUGCCAUGGUAUUACGGCUGACGUUCUCGAGUCUUGGGGUGGCAAGUAUGUCACGGCACAUCGUCCUGAGCAGGCGAUCGGCCUCGUUCAGACUGGUGAAGCUGAUGCGCUUCUACAGGAGGCUAUCAUGACGCCUUGGUGGGCGGAUAUCAUGGAGGAUCGCAAAUACGAUGCCUUGGCCAGUGAGCCAGCGGCUCUGGCGCGCUUCGGCAACAAGUACCCUAAUACGGCGAAUCUGACGACCUAUCCUAUCCCGGCGGGAUUCUGGUCCACCCUCACUGAGCCCCUCCAUACGCUCGACUUUUCGGACUUUGUCAUAUUGGUUCGUAAUGAUCUACCGGAGGAUGUCGCUCAUCUCUUGACCUGGUGCCUAGUGGAGACUAGGUCCGCGAUUGAAGGUCAAUAUAUGCACCUCAAACCUAACAGGUCUCCCUUAACCUAUCCACUUGAUCCUACCAAGAUGGCUCAAACACCAAUUCCGCUUCAUGAUGGUGCAAAGCGCUAUUACAAAGACGCCGGGCAUCUAUAA